UGCGUUUGCUACGCAGUCCGGUCACAAUUCAGAGCGGGAAAAAAGUGCAGCCUGGCUGGCGCAGGCGAACGCAUCAAGAGCUUCUCCAUAGCCGACAUCUUGGGGCAAGCGGAUGAGCGCAAGGCAGCCACACCUGCGCCCCAUGACCGUCUACAACCGCCACCAGCGGCGCCGCCGACGGCAACGGCGCCAGCUCUGACCACAAUUGGAGCAACUGCAGCGCCUCUGUUGCAUCCUGGACUCCAUCCGUUUCUGCCGCCCGCCUUGCUGCACAGCUAUGAGCAGCGUCUGGCCUGGGACUAUCAGCGGCAGCUGCAAGAGCACUUCCAGGCGCAGCUCCUGCGCCAGAUGAGCAUGGAUCCCGCCAUAAUACCCAUUCCCUCGGAAGAUGGCAGCUCGGAGCGUUGUUCGCAGCGCUCGAGCAGCAGCAAUGGCAGCACCGAUUGUUGCACGCCUCAGCAGGAGGAUAAAUCCAAGCAGACGUCAAGUGAGAAGCCAUCUGCGGGAGCUGCAUCGGGUGCGGGAGCGGGAGCAGACACGCCACUCGAUGCACUCUUUCAGCUAUCCACCAAAAACUUUGAUGAGGAGCAGGAUCCCUCCACGCUGAACAUCUUUGCCACGCGUUCGAAUCCAAAGAAGAAGCGCAAAUCGCGCACAGCAUUUACGAAUCAACAGAUCUUUGAGCUGGAGAAACGUUUCCUCUACCAGAAGUAUCUCUCGCCAGCGGAUCGUGAUGAAAUCGCCGCUGGCUUAGGAUUAUCCAAUGCACAGGUGAUCACGUGGUUCCAGAACCGACGGGCUAAACUCAAACGCGACAUGGAGGAGCUGAAAAAGGACGUGCAGAGCGUGAAACAAUUACCCGACCAGUCAGCAGAUCCCAUGCGAUGCCGGCCAUCGCAACCACAUCCGAGUAACAGUCACCACCUCCACCCCCAACAGCAGACGCAUCAGCAUCAGCAGCAGCAGCAGACGAGCAACUCGAGCCGGGACAAGGAGGAACUUCGAAUGCUGAAGAUGAUGACACUGAUGCGCUAUUCGGAUGGCAAGCUGCUCUACCCGCCCGCCGCUCUACCGCCCCCCUGCUUGCCACAGCUUGGCAACUAGUUACCACAACAAUUUACCCAACAGCAGCGAUUAGCCCAAUUUGUACUUUCCACACACACAACACACACGAUUUCUAAUUUGCCAAACAAGAAAACUCAAAAACAUUUUCUUCGCAAUCAUUUUCCUAAUUGUAGUAUUAAAUUUCCUCAUAUAAAUUGCUUGUGAUUUUCGUUCAAAAAAAAAAUAACAACCACCUUUAUAUGAAUAUUUAUAAUUCUUCUGUGUUAACUGAUUGUAGAUUAUUUGCAAGUACUCAUUAUAAGAAAAUAAAGCAUAC